AUGGCAGGUCAGAAAAAACAAGCAACAUUGGAUUUCUUUGGAGGAAAGAAAAAAAACAAAACCGCCAGUAGUAGCACUACUGAAAAAACAAGCAACAAAGAUGCAGCAGAAGCAGCAACAACCGCAGGCGACAAGCGCAAACGUCCUUUAUCGGACGAUUCUGAGGAAGCUGCUUAUGAGGAUACUACGAAAAAGCAAAAACCACUAGUUGCUGACGACGAAGAGGACGAGGAAAUGAAAGAGGCAGAAGCACAAGAAAAAGAACAAAAGCGAGAGUCGCAGGAUGACAAGACCGCUGCUCAAGUCAUGGCAUGUUUCUCGACUGCAGACACAAGCUCUAAACUUGUUUUGUGUACGACUUUCGAAGCAUGCGAAGCAACAACAAAACGCCUAGAAAUUACCGAGUAUCUGGUCACAUUGUUUGUCGAAGUAAUCAGAAAGAAGUCGGAUGACUUAUUGAGCACGCUUUACAUGUGUAUCAACAAGCUAUGUCCUGAUUAUGAAGGUUUGGAACUUGGUAUCGGUGAAUCGUUGUUGAUCAAAUCUAUCGAAAAGUCUACUGGACGCACUGUAAAGGAAAUUCAGAAGGAUUACCAUGAAACGGGUGACCUUGGUACUGUUGCGAAGAAUAGUAAAAAUUCACAGCGUGUGUUGUUCCCACCCAAACCAUUGACUGUGAGCCAUGUCUUCAAGACUUUGAAAGCAAUAGCCAAAAUUGAAGGAAAAUCUUCUCAAAACAGCAAGAUCGAUAAGAUCCGAAGUUUGCUGACUGCUUGUAAAGGCAACGAAGCAAAAUAUUUGAUCAGACAACUCGAAGGCAAGCUCCGAAUUGGUCUCGCAGAACAAACGGUCCUAUCAGCUUUGGCACAUUCAGUCGUACUAAGCAAGCCAGAAUCAGCAAAGAUGAAGACAGAAGAAAAGGAGCAAAAGCUUACAUAUGCAGUGGAUCUUAUCAAAUCAGUGUACAAUCAACUUCCCUCAUAUGACAUGAUUGUGCCUGCACUGCUCGAAUAUUCAUUGGAUGAACUUGAAGACCGGUGCAAAAUGCGAGCAGGAAUCCCACUUAAGCCCAUGUUGGCGCACCCCACAAAGAGUUUGACCGAAGUAUUAGAUCGAUUCGAAGGACAUCCAUUUACAUGCGAAUUUAAAUAUGACGGUGAGAGAGCACAGAUCCACAAACUACCGGAUGGCAGCACAAAAAUUUACAGUCGAAACUCUGAAGAUAUGUCUGUACGUUACCCUGACGUUGUUGAGAAGUUGAAAAAAUGGGUCAAGCCAUCCACAUCAUCGUUUAUCCUGGACUGCGAAGCCGUUGCGUGGGAUCGUGAAAAGAAGUGCAUAUUGCCAUUCCAGGUUCUUAGCACUCGCAAGCGAAAAGAUGUCAAGGAAGAAGAAAUCACUGUUCAAGUUGCUAUAUUCGCAUUUGAUUGUCUCUAUAUGAACGGCGAGUCAUUGUUGCAAGAAUCACUCAAUGUACGACGACAAAAAUUGCGUGAAGGAUUCGAAGAAACCGAGAACGAAUUCUUCUUUGCACGCCAUAUGGAUACCAACAAUAUUGAGGAUAUCCAAACGUUCCUGGAUGUGUCCAUCCACAGCAACUGUGAAGGUCUGAUGGUGAAAAUCUACGAUGGGGAUGAAGCGUCGUACGAGCCAUCCAAACGAUCACGUAACUGGCUCAAGGUCAAAAAAGAUUAUCUGGGCAACGGCGGCGUGGGCGACUCGAUGGAUCUUGUUGUUGUCGGUGCAUUCCUAGGCAAAGGCAAGCGCACCAAAGUGUAUGGCUCGUUCUUGCUAGCAUGCUAUGACCCCGAAUCUGGUGACUAUCAGACAGUGUGCAAGCUCGGUACUGGUUUUUCGGACGAAAACCUAAAGGAAUUCUAUGAAAAGCUCAAGGAUCGUGAAGUUGAAAAUGUGCCACGGUACUACCAGAUUGGUGAUAAUCCAGAGAAACCGGAUGUGUGGUUUUCACCUAAACAAGUAUGGGAGGUCAAAUGUGCUGAUCUGAGUAUCAGUCCUCGAUACAUGGCUGGCGUUGGCCUAGUGGAUGAUACCAAAGGUAUUUCGUUACGAUUCCCACGGUUUGUUCGGAUCCGAGAUGACAAGGAACCCGAAGAUUGUACAACGAACGAGCAGAUUGUAGAGUUUUAUCAAAGCCAAUGA